GUUCGGUUCCUUUUGCUGUGUCAUUACAUGAAGACAGCGAAGGAAGUGCUCAAAAUAUUAAAACGCGUUUUGAAUUUAGUUUUAUUAUUAACUACAUAAGCAUAUUAACAAAGUCUUUAGAAAGGCAAUGGUUGAAACGUCCAAUCGGGGGACAGCUUGUUAAGGCGUCCGACAUUUGCGGUAAGAGGAGAAGGUGGGGCGUUAAUGACAAUCAGGAAAUUACUGUUUUCCUUCGUUUUAGCUCUGUUUGCACAUGUCGAUUGGACUGGAAAAUGCUUUGUACUUUGUACCUGUAAUAUUGCGGUAGGAUAUUAAGCGAACUGUGGAUUUAUGCGUGGAUUUGCCGAGCAACAGUAAAGGUCGUUUGUCGACAUCUCCUCUGAAGGGUCCCGUCUGUCCCCACUGAAAACAGGGGUUCCUGAAGUGUUGACUGGUGGAUCAGCCAUCAUAAAUCUUGCACUUGGCAAAUUACCUCCCUGCUGAAGGUGACAGUCUUCUCCCAUGCCUUUACUACACCUCCAAUGGAACAAAAGACGCCUACUCAUGCCUCUGCCAAGACCUGGUGAUGCACCAUCACACUGUUAAAUGAAGAUGAAAAAAAAAAGAAAAUUAAUCUCCGUCCAGCUCUCUGUCACCAUUGAGAUUUAAUAGGAUCUUACUUUUGAUAAAGUAGAUCAUUUUGCCAAGUUUCAUGGACAUUCACUGAAAACAUUGUGGGGAAUUCUGCUAAAAGACAGCAGAAAGACACGGUUGUAACAAUUGGGAGAUCAUUUGUGAAUGGUCGCCCAUCGGAGUCACCAAUGGGAAAAAAACUUGGUAAUCAGCCUCUGCGUGUCAAGCACAGCAGGCAGAUGCGUUCCUCUGGAAAAUGUCCAACAGAGAUGAAUACUUUGUCCACCUCCGACCCCCCACCAAACUCUCAGCCUGUCCCGAAUGUAGUAUCUCAUCUGAGGCACUUGACUCUACCACAACACAAUCAAAAUCUCCUCAAGUUUCUGAAUGAGGACCGGACCCGGCAGAGGUUCUGUGAUAUCUGUGUGUCCGUGGGUGGUAAAGUCUACAGAGCCCACAAGGUGGUGCUGGCACAUGGAAGCAGCUACUUCCAUGCUGAGUUGUCAAAGAACCCGGGCACAGGACAUGUGACAUUGGACCAUGUGGAGGACUCAGUUUUCCAACACCUUCUUGGUUUUUUGUACACCUCGGAGUGUGUUGUUGCAGAAACAGAGCUACCGGCUUUAGCCAAAGCAGCACGGUUUCUGGACAUGAUGGAUGUAUUUAAGGUUCUUUGUGAAGCAGGGGGCAUCCACCCACUUCCUGGGAUCCAAACACAAACUGAAAAUAGUGGGUCUAAAACUGUGGAUAUUACCUCAAAUGACUCACCAGUGGUUGCCACAGUCAUCCAAACCCAACACGGUGUUCAGCCGUUCCUACCUGAUAGUAGCAAUGAACUACUGCAGGCAAAGCUGAUGGAGGCUGAGAAGGUGUCAGGCCAGAAAAGUGGUAGCAUGCGGAGGUCUGCUCGCAGGACAAGAACUCCCACUAAGUACAAGGGAGAUGAUGUCUCCCAACCUGAGGAAAAACAAAGAACUGUGUCAUCCAAAAAGCAUACAGUUGAAGCAGUGGGCAUAUCAGUAGAGAUACCCGUGGAAGCAGUCACCAUAGUUCUGAGCAAGGAACAUAAAUCAGUUCAGGGAGAAGAUAUAGAAGAUGUGGAUGAAGAAGAGGAAGGCAUGAAUGAGGAGCUGGAAGCCCCGAAGAAACAUUCUGAUGGUUGUGAAGCAGACAAGGCAGCAGGUCUGCAGAGUUCAGGUGCAGAAACCAAAGAAGACCAGAUAGUUCAAGAGGGGGAUUUGCAUGUGGCAGCAGCAGGAGGAAGCUCCAACCAUAAACCAAGUUACCCCAAGGAUCUGGCUCCUGUCAUCAUUGAAACAUCCAGCAAGAAGAAUCUCAAGUGUCCAAAAUGUGACAAGGUUUUUGACCGUAUAGGGAAGUAUGAGAGUCACACCAGAGUGCACACGGGAGAGAAACCUUUCCAGUGUGACAUCUGUCUUCAGUGCUACUCCACCAAAUCGAACCUAACUGUGCACAAGAAAAAGCACGUCGGUGAUGCUCCCUUUCAGAAGAAGGAGCAUAAGUGCUCCUUCUGUAACAAACUCCAUGCCAGCAAGAAAACCCUGGCCAAGCAUGUCAGGAGGUUUCAUCCAGAUCACAUCCAAGAAUUUCUUAGCAAGAGGAAGAAAAAAAGUGAAGUCUGUAAAUGUGCUAUUUGUCUGAAGACGUUCACCCGAAGGCCUCAUCUGCAGGAGCACAUGAUCCUCCACACUCAAGACCGGCCCUUCAAGUGUUCCUUCUGCGAUGAAUGCUUCAAGUCCAGGUUUGCCAGGCUGAAGCAUCAAGAAAAGUACCAUCUAGGUCCAUUCCCAUGUGAAAUUUGUGGCAGGCAGUUUAAUGACACAGGAAACAGAAAGAGACACAUUGAAUGUACACACGGGGGCAAAAGAAAGUGGACGUGCUUUGUUUGUGGGAAAUCAGUCAGAGAAAGAACAACCUUGAAGGAGCACCUGAGGAUCCACAGCGGAGAGAAGCCGCAUCUCUGUAGUAUCUGUGGCCAAAGCUUUCGUCACGGCAGCUCAUACAGACUCCAUCUCAGAGUUCACCAUGACGACAAGCGCUAUGAGUGUGUGGAAUGUGGGAAAACCUUCAUACGUCAUGAUCACCUGACCAAACAUCAGAAAAUACACUCUGGUGAAAAAGCACAUCAGUGUGAAGAAUGUGGGAAGUGUUUCAGGCGCCACGAUCAUCUGACGGUCCACUACAAAAGUGUACAUCUGGGAGAGAAAGUUUGGCAGAAAUAUAAAACAGCUGUGCAUCAGUGUGAGGUUUGCAAGAAGGAAUUCAAAGGAAAAUCCAGCCUAGACAUGCAUUUCAGGACCCACUCAGGUGAGAAGCCCUACAAUUGUCCUGAGUGCCACCAAACAUUUCGGAUCAAGAAGACCUUGACAAAGCACAUGGUAAUUCAUUCAGAUGCCCGUCCCUUUAACUGUCCCCACUGCAACGCCACUUUUAAAAGGAAAGACAAGCUGAAGUAUCACGUGGACCAUGUGCACAGCAACAGGUUUCCUGCGCAGCCUGUCGGGAGACUGUCUGAGGACAAAACUGUCUCACUUACAUUUGAGGAAACUCCAAAGGUAUAUUGCGCUGCACCCAAAUCAGCCCAGCAGAACAACCCCACUUCCACCAACAUCUGUGUGCCCGUCACUAUAGUUCCUGUCCAGAUUACGGGAGUCUCCAUAGUUCAGGGUGACUUGAGCAAUCAUGGGACAUCAACGCUGACGUCCCCAUCACACAGUGUGAACAUGCAGGCUCAGGGGCAGCAGCAGAACUCCGGGUACCAGCCCACCACAGAACUCACCUUCUUAGAGAGGUUCACCCUGAACCCCCAGUCCACCAAUGUUGUCAACCCUGUGAGGCCAGAUCAUAUGUUGGACCCCCGAGAGCAGUCUUACUUGGGCACGUUCCUGGGAUUAGAUUCAGCUUCAGCGGUGCAGAACAUUUCCAACUCUGAUCACCCGCAAUGAUGCCCAGAGACGGAUGCAAACCUGAUUUUAUAUAAAUAAACUGAAACUACAGCAUACACCUCGGCCAGGUCAUCAAGUGUUUUCAGACACCUUCUUUGGCCUGGUGGCCGAAAAGAGAAUUCCAAAUAUAUAUUUUGGGAUAUAAUAAUGCUCAUUUUUUAAUGAAAGGAAGCAGGUUGUGUGAAUUUGAACACAGCAUUAUUAUGAAUUAUUAUUAAAUGCAAAGCCAUGACUGUAAAUGGAAGACGCUCAACAAAAAACCCAAGAAAUUGUGAAAUGAAAUUUUUAGAUUUUCAUUCAUGUUAUAAAAAAUAAGUUGCUUUUCUUGGGUUAAAUGUUUCCCUUUUUUCAUUAUUUCUAGCUUUGUUUUUACUAGUAAUUAUUUUGUUGUUUUUGUUUUAAGGACAGAUUUGUCUUUGCGGAGCCCUGUGGGGCAUAUUGACAGGAUUUUACUAUAACUCAUUCAGAAUAGCAGAAUAACUUAUCAAAAUUUGGUAUUGCUGUUUUACUUGAUGAAUCGCAGCAAACAUAUGACCAGCGUAUUCACAUACAAAUGCUGUCGUAGGGAAGCACUUUUAAUUUUUGGAAGAUGCAGAGUGGAUUGUAUACUGUUUAAAAAAAAAAAAAAAGAUUGGUACUGCUUUUAAACUCAUUGUUAAUUUCAAAAUAAAACUGCUGUCAUUUUAGAGUACAAAUGAUUGCAUUUUAGCUUUUCACAGAAUAACUAUUGUUCUCCGUUAGAAUUUCUGUGACACACGUUAAUUAUGCUGUGUAGACCUACAUAAUUUUAUAAUGAAUUGUGUGAUGUCAUUCAUGAUCGCCUAUAAAAUGUGUGGCCAAACUCAUGCUUAUCUGUGAUCACUUUAUGGUUAAGUUAGAAAAAA